AUGGUUCUCCGCCUUGGUGACGAAGCCCCUAAUUUUAAAGCAGAAACUACCCAGGGUGAAAUCGAUUUUCACAGCUUUAUCGGUGAUUCUUGGGUUGUCUUGUUCUCUCAUCCAGCAGAUUUUACCCCGGUCUGCACUACAGAACUUGGUGAAGUUGCUCGUCGUAGCAAGGAAUUUGAAGAACGUAAUACUAAAGUGAUUGGUCUUUCUGCUAAUGAAUUGAAAGACCACCACCAAUGGGUGAAAGAGAUUAAUGAGGUUAACAAAGUUAAUCUUGGAUUCCCAAUUAUUGCGGAUGCUGACCGUAAAAUUUCCACCUUGUACGACAUGUUGGAUUAUCAAGAUCCUACUAAUGUUGAUACCAAGGGCAUUCCAUUUACCGUCAGAAGUGUUUUUAUAAUUGAUCCAAAAAAGAAAAUCAGAUUAAUGAUAACUUAUCCUGCUUCAACCGGACGCAACUUUGACGAAAUUGUCCGUGUCAUUGACUCUCUUCAACUUGGUGACAAGCACCGUAUUACUACUCCUGCUAACUGGAAGAAAGGCGAUGAUGUUAUUAUUCAUCCUAGCGUAUCUAAUGAAGAAGCUGCAAAACUAUUUCCUGAUUAUAAAGCACCAUUACCUUAUCUUCGUUUAGCCAAAUCUCCUUUCUAA